AUGAACGGAUUUAGUACCGGUGAAGAGGAUUCGCGUGGUGCAUCCGACCAAAUUUGUUGUCUUGUUGACGAAGGGGAGAGAUGUUCCAGGCCUGCGGGUAAUGCUUCUUACAGCAAGCGGAUUCAAAAGACUGUUACUCAGAGACGUCUCAAAUUAAAUUUAGAUCAUGUGGCAAGACAUAUUUACAUAUGUGAUUUUCAUAAACAAGUGAUACUGUGCGCGAGAUCAAAACAACAGCAACAGAGACGAAGAAAAGACUCAGAAGAAGAUUCCGGUGAAACAGAUAAUGAUGUACCAGAUGUUGAUUUAUUCCAAUUACAAGUCGGCACUUUGAGAAGAUACAAAAGACACUACAAAGUACAGACAAAACCUGGGUUGAACAAAGCACAACUUGCUGAUACACUCAUGAAACAUUUCAAAACAAUUCCAGUAUCUGAAAAAGAAGUAUCAAGUAUAUUUAUUUACACCGUAAAAACUAACGCCAAUAAACUAGACCAAAAAAACGGUGUUAACAGUGAUACAACGUAA